AUGCCUCACGCCGUCCGACUCCCCUCGUUCGACUUCUCUCCCGCCCAAGCCCCUCCCUCGUACCAGCAUAGACACAAGAUGCAGCUCCCUCUCCCGAGAAUACAACCAGGCUAUGAAUCGGAUGCCUUCAGACCGGCUGUCCAUGUCCCCACACCUCCCGAUAGCGGUCUGGCCAAAAGAGCCGUCUUCACCCAACAACCCAGAGAGGUUCCACUCCAUGAGCGAAGCCACCCCCUGCCCGGCGUCACAGCGGUCCGCCCGCCUCCGAGUCGGAAUAGUCCUCCGACACAGCGGCACCAGCAACACCCUGCACGAGGGUCAGGCGAGGGCCAGGCACAGCAGCAAAAGAAGUCGACCGUUGCGCCGAAUUUGCGAAUCCCAGAGUCGAUUUGCACUCCCCAGGAGUCGCUCCCUCAAUUGGCGGCCGAGAUUACAUGUCUAUUUUGGUUUGAGAACUCGUCAACACUCAAGCAGGUCUUGAACUCGGCGUCGCCCUACCCGACCCAACCCCUCGUCCCCGAUGCCAUCCCAAAAACCGCGUUCAGGAAAUGGGUGGGAACGAUAUUGUCCACGACGCAGGUGGCUCAGAAUGUCAUCAUCUUGGCCCUGUUGUUCAUUUGGAGGCUCAAGAAGGCGAACCCGACGGUAAAGGGCAUGCCCGGAAGCGAAUACCGCCUUCUCACUGUGGCUUUGAUGCUGGGAAACAAGUUUCUUGAUGAUAAUACGUAUACGAACAAGACUUGGGCCGAAGUGUCCGGUAUCCUAGUUCAGGAGGUGCACCUCAUGGAAGUCGAAUUCCUCAGCAACAUGCGCUACAGCCUGUUCACCUCGAAGGAGCAGUGGGAUGAAUGGCAUGUCCUCCUCGGAAAGUUUGGCACCUUCUACGACCGAGCCUCCAAGGUGCCCCCACCCACUGCCAUCAGCCCCAUUGGAACGACAACGCCAUUGCUUCUGACUCCUUCACAACAAUAUGUUCCGUCACCUCCCACGCAGCAAAAAAUGCCACCGUAUUCCAUGUCCUACUCGCCAUCCCGCUCCCAGAACGCCUAUGGAAACUACCGGCCCUCCCUCUCGUCCCAGCCCACCCCCACGGUUGCCUCCCCAAUCAAUUCAAUCCUGCCUGAGCCAUCGCAUCCAGGUCCACUUCCCGUCCGCAAGCGGAGCUCGGACAACAACAUCGAACCUCCAGCCAAGAGAGUCGCCCAUGGCUUUGCACCGGUCCCCUACAGCAACGCACCGCUGAUCUCAUCCCUGCAGGUACCCCCGCACAAACCGGUCCAGCAACCUCGUGGAGACCGCCUCCCUUCCCUCCCCAGCCUGUCAAUUCCCAGUUUGCAGCAGAAUCCUCCUGUCCAAGUGCACCAGUGGCAGGAACUCUCGCUGCCCGCUCCGGGAAGCCGGUCCAUGGCCAUGGUCUACCCACCUGCAAUGCAGUGGAAGCAGCCGUUUGUUACUCCGACCUCUGCGGCCGCAUCGUCGAACGGAACCAAUGUCUCCUCUUCCUAUACAACCCCUCCAACCUCGGUUGCGCCCGAUAGGCCCUGUCUUUCGUGCAAGACGUCUCACAACCUGAGCCCUACGUUCCGUCAAGUCAGCCCCUACGUCAUGUCCGCUGGCUCCUCGCCCAUGAGUGCCUCGUUUUCGAGCCAAAGGCAGUUAUCGCCCUCUUUCUUCCUCGGCCAGCGGCAAUCCCCUUACCGGCCAGUCCGCGGGGUGCAGACGUUGCUGGUUCCGCCGCCGUCGACGGCCAUGCGUCCCGCAAGCGGUAUAGGUUACGAGCAGAUGCAAUACCAGCCCCUCGGCCGGCCCUUGACGGAACGUCGAGUCGGACCUCUACCCUACUUUGAUGAGCGACCGUGGGACUACAACUCGAUGCGUCUUCCUCAACCACGCACUUGAGCUGUUCCCGUGUUUCUGUUACACUUGUACAACACUAGCAUUGGCGGUGGGUACACCCUGCCUCUCCGGCCCUUUCUUUUCCUUUGACAUGUUUUUUUACCCUCAUGCUGCUUCCGUUUAAGCGUGCAUUGCAUUGGGUGGGGUUUUGUUCAUGCUGG